CCCUUUCGGCUUCGACGCAUCAGAACAUCAUCUCUCCAGCCAGUUUAUUGCCCGCCUUUAUCUCCUACAAUUAAAAUAUCUCCUCUCAGUCACAAUGGGUGGAGGCGGAAAGAUCCCAUACCCCAAGGAAGUCUGGUCUCCCGCGGGAGGCUGGUACGCUCAGCCAGCGAACUGGAGAGCUAACACCGCUAUUAUCGGUGCGGCCAUGAUUGGAAUCGUUGCUGCCACAUGGAGCCUCAGUGCCGAACGAGAACACCGAGAUAAGAUGCCAGAGCCCGGUCGAUUCUUCCCCAGCCGAUACUGGAGCAAGCAAAUUAUCGAGCAUGAGAGAGAGCAAGCUGCGAAGAAGGAUUCAUAAAGUGGGGUUGUUCAGAAAAACAACCGAAAUAUACGGAGGGUAUAUGGAGGAUGCAAUGGCAU